CUAAUCGUUGAGUUGACUGAACUUAGAAAUUACAUGUUAUCCCAAUCCUUUAAAAUUACUAACCAUCCUCAAAUUGCAGAGAUAAUAAUACAAUGUCUAAUCAUGAAUGUGGAAUUAAUUACAUUCAAUUAUGUACAAUUCGACCAUUAAUAAUUCAAAAAGAAAUUUACUAUGGAGUCAAGCACUGCAUCAAACCAGCCAUAUCCACUGACGUUAGGAUUAGGUCAGUUACAACCUCAUCCUUCCCCCUUCCUUCAUUCCUCCUUCCUCUAUAAGUAGAAUUUCCCCAACUCCUCAAUCUCCCACAUUCAUUCCUUCAUCACAACCCAAAAGGAGAAGCAAAGAAAAGAAGCAACAAUGGCUCUUCCUCCUCCUUCUUCCAUCCUUCCCCUGCUUCUCCUCUGCCUCUUCAUAACCCCAUCCCUCGCAUUUCCCAAACGGAAACCAGCCCAACAACAGCACAGCUUCCUCCAAUGCCUCUCCGAUCACAGCGACACCACCGCCAUCCCAUUCUCCCGAUCCUUCUUCACCCCUGACAACUCCACCUUCUCCACCGUCCUCUCCUCCUCCGCUCAAAACCUCCGUUACCUCCUCCCUUCCGUCCUGAAACCCGUAUUCAUCUUCACCCCACUCCAAGUCUCCCACAUCCAGGCCGCCGUCAUCUGCUCCAAGCAGCUCGGCAUCCACCUCCGAAUCCGCAGCGGCGGCCACGACUAUGAGGGCCUCUCGUACGCCUCCGAGACAGAGUCCCCUUUCCUCAUCCUCGACCUCUCCAAGCUCCGCGCUGUUUACGACGUCGACAUCGCCGCCAACACCGCCUGGGUCCAGGCCGGGGCCACCGUCGGCGAGGCCUACUACCGGAUUUACGAGAAAUCCCCCACCCACGGCUUCCCCGCCGGCCUCUGCAGCAGCCUCGGCGUCGGCGGCCACAUCACCGGAGGAGCCUACGGCUCCAUGAUGCGGAAGUACGGACUGGGAGCCGACAAUGUCGUCGACGCCCUCAUCGUCGAUGCCUCCGGGAAGCUCCUCGACCGCCAGGCAAUGGGGGAGGACGUCUUCUGGGCGAUCAGAGGCGGCGCCGGAGGGAGCUUCGGCGUGAUCGUUGCCUGGAAAUUGAAAUUGGUCCCUGUCCCUGCAACCGUCACCGUUUUCACCGUUCCCAAGACACUCCAAACUGGAGCGACGAAAAUUCUGUACAAGUGGCAGCAGGUCGCCGACAAGCUCGACGACGAUCUGUUCAUCCGCGUCAUAAUCAACACGGGCCGGAUCGGCAACACGACCGAGCGAACCGUCACCACUCUGUACCAGGCUCUGUUUUUGGGCGAUUCCGAGAGACUCCUCAAAAUCAUGGGCGCCAGUUUCCCGGAAUUGGGUCUCACCAAAGCGGAUUGUUUGGAAACGAGCUGGAUCAAAUCCGUGCUUUACAUUGCCGGAUUCCCAACCGGCACCGCGCCGGAGGUCCUGCUUCAGGGGAAGUCUCUGUUCAAGAAUUACUUCAAAGCGAAAUCCGAUUUCGUGAGGGAACCGAUUCCAGAGACGGGUCUGGAAGGAAUUUGGAAGAGAUUUCUCGAAGAGGACAGCCCAUUGACGAUCUGGAACCCAUUGGGCGGGCAAAUGGCGAGGAUUUCAGAAUCCGCCAUCCCGUUCCCUCACCGGAAGGGGAACUCGUUCAUGAUCCAGUGGCUGACGAAUUGGCAGGACGGAGAGAGCAGCGCGGCGAAGCACAUGGACUGGAUGAGGAAGCUGCACAACUACAUGACUCCCUACGUGUCGAUGAUGCCCAGAGCUUCGUACGUGAACUACAGGGACUUGGAUUUGGGGAUGAACAAGGACGGGAACACCAGCUUCAUUGAAGCCAGUUCGUGGGGGAUGAAGUACUUCAAGGGAAACUUCAACAAAUUGGUGCAGAUCAAGACCAAGUUCGAUCCCGAGAACUUCUUCAGGCAUGAACAGAGCAUCCCGCCGCUGCCGGUGUCGAUGAGGAAGAGGAAGAGAAGAGGCGGAGUUGGGUUUCACUGAUUGAGUGAUUACGGACUCUGUCUCUUUGGGUUGAUUGUUAAUUACAAAAAGAAAAAGCAGCUUUGGUACUAAGCAUGGUUUGUGUGUAAGUGUUUUGGUUUGGAUUAGUGUCCACUGUCCACAGAUAGUUUACUAUUCUUGUGUUUGUUUUUUUUUUUUUUUUUUGUUGUUGUGGGGGGUUUUUGGCAUGAUUAAUAAGGGGAGGGGUUACUGAUAAUGUAACUGGGUUUGGGGGUUAAUCUAUUAUAUGGUGGGGAUAUUGACAAGAUUUGAGAUGCUUAAACAAUAUUUACAUGCUUUGUAUUUUGGGUUGUCAAUGUGACAAGAAAGCUGAUGUAAUGAUUCUUCCUCUUGUCAAUAUGAAAAUUUUUUUAAUGAUAAAUUUCAUUACAACCUCAUCACAUUAGUACGGAACGGAUAAAAAAUCUCCACCGAAUCGUAUAAACAUUAAUAACAAAU